AUGGGCCUUUCUGAAAGGGGUUCCUCGAAGUCAUGUAUCCGGGGGCCCCCAAGUAGUCCUGUCCUUAGUAGUCUUCUGAACGAGAACGAAAAAGAUCGGGCGAGAAAGAACGAGAAAGAAUGAGAUCGGGCGAGAGAGAACGAGAACGAAAGAGAUCGGGCGAGAGAGAACGAGAACGAACGAGAACGGGCGAGAAAGAACGAGAACGAACGAGAUCGGGCGAGAGAGAACCGAACGAGACCGAACGAGAACGAACGAAAUCGAACGAGAACGAACGAAAUCGAACGAGACCAAACGAGAAAAAGACCAAAGGACGCUAAAAGGAGACCGAACGUUCCGACGGCCGUUACCUCGACGUUCAUUUGUCCGGCCCUGUCGACGGCCACGAAGGUGAGGCGUCGAUUUGGCGUUUUUCUCCGUUUGGGCUUCGUGUCUCGGGGGUCCGUCCGGGUGGAGCAACUAAUGAAGCGGCACGGCUGUCGCGGCCGGCGGGGGCGGGGGCGCCGUCAGAAUAAUGAAGCGGCAAGUCGUGGUGGUGGCAGCGCGGCGGCGGCCUCAGCGGCGGCGGAGCAGCGGCGGCGGCGGCGGCGGCGCGGCUCGAAUGACAAGAGCACAAUGGGUGCGGCUUCUGGUCUUACCGCCCGCCGCCUCCCGACGUGGCUCCGGCUUCGGCUUGGCUCCCGCGCAUAUCUCUGGGGGAGGGGACGCCCUCGCCUCCUGCCAGCCGCCCCUGCCGCCCCGCCCGGACCUCGCAGAUACGGAGCCGCCCCCGCCAGGAGGGGCGCGGCCGCCGGGGAGCGGAGAGCGGGCGCGCGGCGAGGGGCGCGGGCGGCGUUCCGCACGGCGUCCACCUGCGGGCCCGGCCAUUUAAGUUCGCCGCCCACUCGGCCUGCAUUCAGCGGCGGAUCGGGUUCGAGCCGAGGCGCCCACGCCGCCGCCCCAAGAGGAUUUGAUACCUUGGUCCCUCAACUUGCUAAUAUAUUUUCCACACUUUGA